AUGGGGAACGAUAUGCAAAGAGUAUAAUAAUUAGGAGAUAGUAUAAGAUAAUUGAGAGAAGAUAUGGAUGCAUUAUCUAAAAUUGCACCUUAAGUUGAAAAGAUGGUAGCAUUAGCAGGUACUUUAGAGUCUACAACUAAAAAUGUAAUUUAAUAUUUUAAUUAUUAGAUUAAUGAGAAUAUAUCUAAAGUAAGUAAGACAGUUUAAGAUGUUGAAGAUAAAUCAAAAAAGGUUAAGGAAUUAAUGGAUAAAAUACCUGGUGGUAAUAAAUUAAAUUAAUUUUUUUGA